UCAGUACGUGCCUAGGCAGCUCCGGGGCUUGAACCGGAGGAUUAACAGGCCACCAAAUGUUCAUCGGAACCCAGCAACCAGCCAAUAGGGAGGGAGGCCAUUUGGUCUGUGGGAGGAGCUCAGUCUCCUCUCAGCUCAAAAUUUACAGGUAGUUCAAAGCCCAAACAGAGCAGCAGUAGCAGCUGCAGAGAGACAGAGACUAACCAAGCAAUCGUCCAGCGAGUUGGACGUUUCUUUAUUAGCAUUGUUUUCCGGAUAAUGCCCGGACAUCGCUCUCCAGCAUGCUGAGCAGAAAGGGGUCUUGUGCGGGGAUGAUGAGUGCUGCAGUGGGAGUGGACCGCAGCAGGGUCGGGGAGCGGCUGCAGGCUGCUCUAGCCGGGCUGCAGGAGCUGCAUCUACUGAGGGGCAGACAGAGCGACAUGGUGAGCUGGGCACUGAAGAUGGACCGAGAGGAGCCCGUCACCUUUGUCCACGCCACCCCGGAGGUUCCCAGGAUGAUGGGGACUGAGGAACAGCGACUGGAGGCGACUCUGACAGCUCUGAAGCAACAGCUGUCACGCCUUCAGAAGCAGGAUGUAGGCCUGAAGACUCACUUGCAGCAGCUGGACCAGCAGAUCAGUGAGCUGAAGCUUGAUGUGAGCAAGGCCUCCACAGAGCAGCUGGAGACUGACAGCAGGCCAAGUUCAGGUUUUUAUGAGCUCAGCGAUGGUGGCUCCUGCUCCCUGUCUAACUCCUGCACCUCUGUGUAUAGCGAGUGUCUGUCAUCCUCCCAGACAAGCCUUCUCCUCCUUCCUGUGAGCCCACCUAAUUCCCACAUUAGCCCUCCAUCACACAUUGAUGUCUGCCACAGACGCUCUGCUGAUGAGAGCACUACCCAGCCCAACCCUCCUUGGGCCACAGGCAUCCAUCUGGGCAGCAGCAGGAUCCGAGGAAGCACUACAGGCACUGAACAGACACGACCAAGACCUGUGUCCACAGGUGAUCUUGAUUGGAUGAUGACUCAAGGACCAAGCUACUGCAAAUCUGUGGGUGCAAAGAAGUUGCCAGUGUGCCCAAACCUGAAGAGUUCCUCAGUGGACCCCAAGUUUCAGAGCAACCUGUUGUCUCGCGGUGGUGCUGAAGUGUAUCACUACCCCAGCCCCUUGCAUGCAGUGGCUCUCCAGAGUCCCAUUUUUUCCAAUGGAAGGAACCCAGCCACACCUGGGCUUCUAGAGGGCCAUGGACCCCCACUGAAAGGUUCUGACACCCUUCACAGGAUGCAAAUGGGUUAUGAGACCCUGGGUUACAUUGACCAGCUCCUCCAGCGCAGCUUGAGCAAAAUCCAGAAUGAAACAGGCACAGACAUUCAGCAGUCGCAGUGUGACUACCCCAGAAAGCCCACUGAAGUUGUAGCUGUGUUUCCUGAAGUGUGUCAGUCUGAGGUGACUCUGCACCAGCCUCUUCCAACCCAGAACACAAACAUCACCCCACUAAAUAGUGAUCAGAAAAGACAACGCAUAACAUACUCCAGCCAAGAGCCAGUUGACAGCACGAACCACAGCCAGUCAUUGAAAGCCCCAGAGGUUUCACAAAGAUAUUCCUAUCCUGUUGCUAUGAGAGAGUACAGCUCUGAUGAAGUUGCCACUACAUCUGUGAGGAAGAAUGAUAAACCACAAGAAGAAUAUGCUAGUGGGACAGGAAACCAUUCAGCGAAGAGAUGUGGGAAUAAGCUGGAGUCAACCCCACAAGAGAGGAGGGGUUACAGAGAAAGGCCAGUGAUAAGCCACAGCUCGAGCACAGAGAAGAGUCAAGGCUUCGAGGUUCAUUCUGGUCUCACAAAUUCCCCUGAGUUCGUCCAUGCCAAGUUUGUCCCUGCUGGAUCUCAGAGGGUCAAGGUAAGACAGGCAGACCGUAAAACCAAAGCCGUGAAGCUGAGAAGAAAAAGCAGUGAGAAGCCUCGAGCAAUGAGGCAGCAACACGGUGAAAGGAGCAGAGAGGCCAGCAGUGGAGCCAAGGGGGAGCAGAGGAGAUCUGGAAAGGGAAAAGUGACCCAGAAAGUUACCACCUGUUACACAGAAGACCGUAGACUGGGUUCAAGCUCAGACUCCAGCCACUGUAGCCCAGGAAAUGGCAUGUAUACCCAGAAAGUCAAUCCUAAAUUGAAUCCCAUCAACAAGUCCAGCAAAAGCCGAAGACUUCAGUGUAUGGACUAUGAGCAGCCUGCAGAGCAGAGGAAGAGGAGACAGGGGGCUGCCAAAUGGCCAUCUGAAGUGGAAAUGUUCCAGGCCUCAUGUGUUCAACGUCAGAGGUCAAAAGAGCCUCAUGUCCAGGCACCAGGGAACAUGCAGAUGGUCCGCAGUAUGAGUGCCAAGCCAGGCCAGUGGAUGAGACCACCUCACCCCUUCCCGUUCCCUGGGUCCUCAAACUCUUUCCUCCACAAUCUUAAUGCCCGAUACCCUCCAGCACCAUACCGUGUGUCCAGCCAAUACCCACCAAGAUGUGAGUCUGAGUAUUCAGCUGAAUGUGCCUCCCUGUUUCACUCUACCAUUGCUGAAAGCAGCGAGGGGGAGAUGAGUGAUAAUACCACCAACCACUUUGGAGACAGCGAGUCCAGCCAGAGCUUCCAGUCCUGCUCUGACUCUGAGAGCAGCCAGUCCCUGUACGAGGAGGAUCACGUGGACAGCCUUGAAGAGGAGGGAGGUUUAGUGUGGGCUGAUGCCGCACUGGGGCCCACCGCUGCUGGACGUCGCCUCCAGCAGCUCCCACGCCCUGAGCCAUCAGCCUGCCGCAUCAAAGCUUCACGAGCCCUGAAAAAAAAAAUUCGUCGGUUCCAGCCUGCCUCCUUGAAAGUCAUGACCCUGGUGUAGAGACACACCCGGGGUAAAAAGACAACUGGUGGAAAUCAGAGAUCAGUUUUCAGAACCUGUGGGAAAGAGCUCACCUGGUCUUUGCACAGCUCCCUCAGUCAUCACUGAGAAGCAGCCAUUAUACUGGGCUAGUUUGUUAAAACUAGAAAGUUAAGGAUUUGGUUGAACCUGGAGCUGUACAAAAUGGUGCAUCUCAAAGCAUGUAUAACACAAUUGUUACACUUAAUUUGUAAAUAUUUAUGUUGCUAUAAUUAAAGUUUGUGAUGGCGUGUGGCUGCAUUAGACAUGUCAUGGACAUUUCUGCCAUAUAAUUGCAUGUA